AUGGGCAAUGUCGGCAGCCGUCUCGACGAGGCGGGGAAUCUGUUCUUCAAGGACCAGAAUCGAUUCUCGAUCGCUUCCAUCACCAUAAGCAACUCUAGGCGUCGCCUGUUGACCUUAUCCCCCAACGCAUUCCCGGCAGUCAGAUAUGUAGCCAAGCGGGAUGUAGGCGAUGAUGCUCCGGUCGAAUAUAUUCAGACGCAGACGCAGGUGCAGGUGCAGACACAAACUAACAGCUCCACCAAAAUACAGGAUCCUGACGUCCCUUCCACGGCUCCCACGCCCACUUUCUUAUUACGUCUUGCAAACGAUGAGGAACUGAUCUUCAACUUUACCUUUAUCCUUCGUCAAACACAAACAAGCAACGCCACCGGAUCCACCGUCAAUGGUGUCUCGACCUCACUCCCGGAAGUGAGCGACACCGUCCUAAAUGGACUGACCUUUGCCCAUGCGUCGAACUCCAAAGAACUCGAUAACCUCAUCACACGGGAGUUUCACGCAAAUCCCAAUCUACAAAACAACUCUAACGUGCAACUUAUCGGAGACUUUUCGACAGAGGGCACCCCUUCGGUAUCAUUUGAGUGGUCCUGGACAUGGAAGCCCCCUAAGGGAACAGAAGACAAAGGAGGCGGUUGGCGAAACAGCUGUAGCCUGUUGGAUUAUGACCAGAGGACUAACCGCUUGAAUACUCUUGCUCACUUCUCCUUCUGGGUGCACAACUCGGUGCGGUUGCUCCCGAGUCCCCGGAUAAUGUCGCCCAACCUCGAGUUACCGGUACCUCCGCGCAGCCGUGUUCCUUCCACCCAGUCCACGGUGUCUCAUUUCAGCGACCCGGAUAUCUCUCAUCAAGGUAUUCCUUCGAUCACUCCACCCGAGACGGCAGAUGGGGCGCCUGCCCCCCCUCCCCCGACACAGCCCCCACCCCCACCCCCUGUGAAAGUCGAUCUGCCACAUUCCCGACCUGGUGAUGAUAUGAGUCUUGUUGAAGAUGGCCCGCUGUUUCGAGCGACAAUGAAAGCCCUGGAGCAGAAAACUGGCAACAUGCGCGCGAAAACGAAGAAGGUGCUCAAGAAGGCCGAGGCAGCUCAACAGGCUCAGGCAUCCUGCAAUGAAGCCAUGGAAGCCUUUCUGGGGUCCCUGGGUGAUGCAUCAACUGCCAAUGGCAAUGCUAUUCAGCCUGCUUUAGACCAUUAUUUUGAAAGAAUCGCUCGUCAGAUUUUGACCUACGAGCAACUGAACACGCUUCAGUUACAAAAACUUGUCAUCGAACCACUUAUAAAGGUCUAUCAUAAUGAUAUUAAACAAGCCGAAUCGAAGAAAAAAGACUUUGAUGAGGAGAGUCGUGACUACUAUGCCUAUGUCAGCCGAUAUCUUGGCCAGCGGCAGGACUCACUCAAGGAAAAGAAGCGCGCCGAGAGUGACUCGAAAUACCAGGUCAAGCGGAGAAACUUUGAGCUUAAACGGUUUGAUUAUUCUUCCUUCAUGCAGGAUCUACAUGGAGGUCGCAAGGAUCAAGAAGUGCUCUCGCACCUCACCAAGUACGCGGACUUCCAAGCCAAGAAUUUCUUGGCAGCGGCCAAGAGAAUCGAGGAAAUGGUCCCGCAGCUGGAUGCACUUAUCUACGAAGUGAAUCAAGCCGACAAAGAGUUCCAGUUUAAGCGAACCGAGCGCGAGGAGAAGCGCAGAGCCCUGGAAAAGAACAGUAACCCGUACCUUGAACCUGAUGCCGUGACUGGUGGCACCAGUGUCUCAAACAUAUCCUGUGGAACUGCCAACGGGGCCGGUUCUGCGGAGACUGAACUGGGCCGGGCCGACAGCACGAGCUCCCAGCUCCGUGGCGUCAUCAGCAACACUUCGUCAGUCUCAUCCCAGGCCAACGCCGGGUCUGUCAGCUCCCAAGCUGGUGGUGGCUCUGUGCCUACAACUGGCGCUGGUCCCAAUACUAGCACACCGAGCCAGAAUCGUUUCAAAGGCAUUCGGGAUCUUGAAGAGCGUGAUUCGCUCGGAUCUGAUCGUGCUGCUGGCCAGCAACGAAAAGAAGGAUUGCUAUGGGCUCUUUCCCGUCCAGGGUCACAUAUUGACCCAAAGGGUAUCAACAAGCAGGCCUGGCACAAGUUCUGGAUCGUGUUAGACCAAGGAAAACUUUCAGAGUACAGUAACUGGAAGCAAAAGCUUGACCUCCAUAUGGAGCCUAUUGAUCUUCGAAUGGCCUCGGUUCGCGAAGCUCGAAAUGCUGAGCGACGAUUCUGCUUCGAAGUUAUAACCCCACAAUUCAAGCGAGUCUACCAGGCUACUUCGGAGGAUGACAUGGGGAAUUGGAUUCGCUCUAUCAAUAAUGCACUCCAGAGUGCAGUGGAAGGUAGAGGAAUGCCACCGGCACCCCAAGUCUCAUCAAAGAACGAGGCAUCAACCGGCCGUGACAUUGGGUCUGUGUUGACGGGUAAAAGUUCGUCCGUAUCUGGUCAUCACUCGUAUUCGAGCAGUUCUUCUGGGGCUGGUGUGACGCGUCGUACAACAGUUGGAGCACGACCUAGCUACGUUCGCAAUGACAGCAACAAUUAUGAAGAGAACCCGUCACGACUACUACAGGCUGUGCGCGAUGCAGACGAGGGGAACAAUUGGUGUGCUGAUUGUGGAUCUUCCUCUAAAGUUGAAUGGGUGUCAAUCAACCUCGGAAUUGUGCUGUGUAUCGAGUGCAGUGGCAUUCACCGAUCUUUAGGAACACACAUCUCCAAGAUCCGAUCAUUGACCCUCGAUGUGCAUUCCUUCUCAAAUGACAUUGUCGAGAUUCUUCUGCAGGUGGGCAACCGUGUUAGCAACAUGAUCUGGGAAAGUAUGCUGGACCAUUCGCUCAAACCGACCGCGGGCUCCACGCGGGAGCAGCGUCUCAAGUUCAUCACCGCUAAAUAUGUUGAUCGAACUUAUGUCGAGCAACUACCAUCUCCCCGGUCCCGGUUUGCAACCCCCAAUGAAACCCUUCUCGCCUCGAUCAAGCAGAAUGACAUCCAAGGUGUUCUGUACGGGUUAGCACUUCGAGCCAAUGUAAACGUUCCAGAUCGCUCCCGCAACACACACGCUGUAUUCUUGGCUCUUGCUGCCGCCGACCCUGCUUCGCCUGGAUCCACUCCCACCAGCCUCUCCGCCCGGUCUAACGCCAAGGCCAUUCCUUUCCCCGUUGCCGAACUGCUGGUUCAGAACGGUGCGGAGAUCCCCCCACAACCUCCUUCCAUCCCCCUUUCUCCCGCUGCGCAGCUCUAUCUCAGUCAACGGACUACACGGAAUUCUGCAUUCAGUGCGCCAACUCCUGCCACCAAGGCUGCUGCAAGUGAUACCCUCGGGUCCCUACCCACCAUUCGGGGCUCAAGCAGAGACAGUGCUGCUUCGUCCGCAUCCCAGGUGCUUAAUUCUGCCGACACGAAGGAGAAAGACAAGCUUUCCAAGCGAGGAAGCGCCGGCGCUCGAUUCGCAGGGAAGGUGGCAUCCCUUGGAAUUGACCGAUAA